AUUCCGUCUGACGGGUAAUUGGACUGAUACCUGAGGGAGGACAGGAGUAUUUUCGUCAAUUAAAUCUGAUAGUGGUAAAAGUUGAUCAGAUGGAUCCAGGCAAGCCUCCUGAUCUCACUGAGAAGAUGGGAGCCCAUUGGCUGGGACGAGGAAGAGGAUUACAGCUUGGGGAGUCUGCUGUAGGACGUGGUCGAGGGCUGUUGCUCUCUACAGAAGAACCUGCUGUAGGACGAGGCAGGGCUUUCCCUACUUUUAGUGACAACUCACUGGGACUAAGUGGAGCUGUCCCCAUUACUGAACCUGUGGUAGGAAGAGGUAGAGCACUGUUGGCGCAACAGGAUAUAGUAGUUGGCCGAGCCAGAGGGCUGCUCAUCCCAGCAGUUGAAUCAAAGGUAGGAGUGGCGAGAAGUGCAGGCGUACUUAGACUGGAGCCACAGGAAGGACCCACACCUCCAAGUGAGACAACGAUGCCAGCUCCAAUGGGAGAAAGCCCUACUUUGACAAAAGAAGAGAUUGGCAAGCCACCACAUGUUAAAGGAUCAACACUGGUCUCAAUGUUUAGAGGGAUGGGCAUUGAACCAUCAGUGACUUCACUGGGAAGAGGAGCAGCACCACUGGGUCUACUCCAGAUUUGGCCAGGCUACUCAACUGGUAUCAAGCGCACAGAUGGAGGCCUGUACCUGUGUAUUGAUGUCUCUCACAAAGUCUUGCGGAAUGACUCUGUGCUGGAUGUCAUGAACACGUUGUACCAACAGAGCAAGGAAAACUUUCAAGAUGAAUGCACCAAAGAACUCGUCGGCAGCAUUGUCAUCACCCGCUACAACAACCGCACCUACCGCAUUGAUGCCAUUGAGUGGAACAAAUCACCCAAAGACACCUUCACUUUGAUGGAUGGCACUGUAACUACCUUUGUGGACUAUUACAGCAAAAACUAUGGCAUUACAAUCAAAGAGAUGGACCAGCCUUUACUCCUGCAUCGGCCAAAGGAGAGGUCCAGACAAGGCGGGAAGCAAAUCAUCACCGGUGAGAUCCUUUUAGUCCCAGAGCUUUCCUUCAUGACAGGAAUUCCUGAGAAAAUGAGGAAGGACUUCAGAGCUAUGAAACCCAAUUUGCAGCUUGUAGUUUGCAUCAUUUUUGGCAACAGAGAUGAUCUCUACAGUGCCAUCAAGAAGCUGUGCUGUGUUAAAAAUCCCAUCCCAUCCCAGGUUUGUGAUCUCAAACACGCCAUCCUCAUCACCAUGACUCCCAGUGUCACCUAA